CUGGAGCUAUGCCAGCCAGCAGUCAGUCAGUGUGGUGUGAAAUCUGCUGGGUCUAGGAAACAUAUUUACCUUUCUGUGAGCCAUGGCAGACGAGGUGCGGGCUAAGAAGAGGAUAUCCCUCAAGGAGACGUUCAGGAGCGUGGUGCCUGAGCUCACUGAGGAGAACAUGUUGUACCUGCAGGUGGCGGUGGCGGUGGUGGUGGGACUCAUCACACUCUUCCUGCUGUGGCGCCUGCUGCGUGGCACCAGCAGGGGGCGUGGCAUCCUGCUGUUGGGGCUGUGUGAGAGCGGCAAGACACAGAUGUUCUCACGGCUAUGUCACGGCGUGGAUGUGGUGUCCGUCACUUCAGUCAAGGAGUCCUCCGGCACAUACACUGCUGGGAAGAAGUCACUCACGCUGUAUGACGUCCCUGGCCAUGAGCGCAUUCGUUAUGGUGCGCUUGAGAAGGUGAAGAAGCUGGCACGAGGAAUACUCUUUGUGGUGGACUCUGGCACCAUUCAGAAGGAUGUCAGGGAUGUUGCCGACUUCCUGUACACUGUCCUCUGUGAUGGGGUGGUGCAGGCCAAGGUGUCACGCAUCCUGGUGGUGUGUAACAAGCAGGACCUCACCCUGGCCAGAGCUGCUCCCUUGAUACAGAAGACCCUGGAGAAGGAGAUCAACCUGCUCCGUGUGACCAAGGCAAGCCAGCUGCAGUCCGUGGGUGAGGGCAGCAACAACAACAGCUUCUUGGGCAAGCAGGGACAGGACUUUGAGUUUAGCCACCUGGGACCAAUCAAGGUGGAGUUUGUGGAGGCUGUGGCCAAGAAUGGAGACAACCUGAGUCCUGUCACCGCCUGGCUGCAGCAGCUGGCCUGAAGGACGCUCUCAAGGUGUACCAAGAUGACUUGUAUUGAUAGAUCAUGGUCAAGGUUGUGGUGUUGGCUUUACUAUUGGACCUUCCAGUGCCUGUGAUGUGGCAGAUAAUUGUGUACCUUAUAACUAGAUCUCUCUCUCUCUUCACUUUUGAAAUAGUGGUUAAACAAUCUCUUCCAGUUUUUGUAGCCUUAGCCAGCAUUUUCCAUAUUUUUAAAAGAGAAAGGUGAAAAUGAAGACUACUUAUAUCGGACGAUAAUUUUUUUAUACUUGCAUUUGGAAAGCAGCAGUUAUACUUUUUAUCUUAACUUUGGCCUGGAGUUCUCUUAUACAAUUAGAAAAAAAAACUGAUGAAAAUAAAAACUAUACAAGUUACUGUGCUGCUUGUAUGUGCUACUAUAUGAUUUCAAAGAUGUGCUGACCACACAGUGACAAUUUGUUAUUGAACUACCAGAUAAUGACCCUCAACAUACUCAUAUUGCUGGCUGAAAAAGAGUGUGCCAUGCCAAGAGCUGUGCUGUCUACUGUUGCCUGACUCGCUAUCAAGCUGGGAAUGUUUAGGCAAGUGUGCAUGUUACUUGUUCCUCCUGGCCACCACAAAGGAGUUGAAGUGAAAUCAUUGUACAGAAUGAGGUAGAAAAGAAUCAUAAUGUUAGAAGUACAAUCAAGUUAUCUAUUGAAUACAUAACUUUAGUGACAUUAAAGAAAUAUUGAUAUUGAAAGAAUGACCACCUAUUUAUUAAACUCUAGAGUGACAUUAGAAAUAAUUGAAGCUAAUGUGAAAGAAGAAAAUUAGAGGAAUAAGAUUUUUAAAAACAGCAUGUGUACAAUCAGUUAUUUAUCAGAAUUACUGUGAUUUAUAUUGCACAGAAAGUAAUUGAAAAUCUUCAAAGUAUGCAAUCAGUUAUUUACCAAGCGUAUAAUUAUUGUGACAAUGACAAGCCUGGUGGUGGUGGUCUAUGUAGCAUGUGUGUGUGUGUGUGUGUGUGUGUGUGUGUGUGUGUGACAGGCAGGUGUCCCCAGAAACAUCAGCCAUGAGUGUGAUGCCUUGAAUGUGUUCUGUAAUGUAUGUUGAUAUCUUGCUUUUGAUAAAUAAACUGGAUGAAGGAAGUGUGA